AUGGAGAGCGGCUGGCGAGAACUAUGGCAGCAGGUCGACGGUCUGGGCAUAGAGGGCCUAGAGAACCUGGGUCCUCCCGACGUGGACCGCGUCACCUCCGUGGAGGGCCGCGGCAACGAGCGCCCGGCGGCGGAGCGCUCCCAGAUCUCCCAGCGCUCGCCGUCCUUCGCCAGCGCCGGCUUCGGCGAGGGCCGCACCAGUCAGGUGGUGGAAAAACUGGGACGAGUGGAGGAUCAAAUUGGACAGCUGGGAAAAGUGGUGCGGGUCGACGAGCAGAUCUUGCGACUGGGACGAAUCGAAGAGCAGCUGGGUCGACUGGGGCGAAUGGAAGAGCAGCUGGUGCGGAUGGAAGACAAAGUGGAAGAUGGCUUUCGACGCUCCAAAGAACAGCUGGAUGAACGGUUUCGCAGAUCUAUGGACCAGAUGGAAAAACUCUCCGAACGGCAGUCCUCUCUGGAAAACACCGUGUCGAAGCGCCAAGCAUCCUUGGAAUCCGACGUCUCGAAACGGCAGUCAUCACUGGAAGCAAGUCUGGAAGCCAGCAAGGGUGCCAGCCAGGUGAGUCGGAGUCUCGAGGUUGCCCUUGACCGAGUGGAGGAGAGGAUCUUGCAACGCUAUGCCAACCUGGAAGAAACCGUGUCUCCAAAACGAGCUUUGGAUGAGGUGACUCGUCGCCUUGACUCAGUGAUAGACAACUUGGAGGCAAAACUGGAAUCCCGGAUGUCGCGGAGCGAAGAGCAGGUUUUGCAAUCGAUCUCGCGAAACCGUGGUGAGGAAUUCACGACCUUGCUGCACUGA